AAAAAGUUUGGCUAUUUCCCAAAGGAUGCAGUGCAAGUGGAACAAGUUUAUGCAACUAAUGAGAAAGUUGUGGAAACACAGAGAUCUGAUUUCUUCUGUAUGGAUGAGUUUGGUUAUCCUAUUGACUCCAGUGAUCUGGACAGUGAUAAUGAAACUGAUGACCAGAAAAUCCAAAUCCACGAGUCAGAAUCACACAACGACGACAAAAACGCUGAACGUCCUUCAACGUCUGCAGAUCCCUCUCCAGAAUUCCCAGUUGAAACUCAGCAAUCUGAAGACACAUCAACAGAGGGAGAUGAAAAGAAAAACACUGGUGAUGCUGCUGCCGGGACUCACAAGGAAGCACGUGGCAAUCCUGUGGUUCUGAAUGAACAAGGUGGGUCUCCCUCCUCCUCAUGGCUUUCAGUGACAGGAUGGCUGGGUCUGGGAAAAGAGGAGGAAUCUGUCAAUUUGCCUGAAGAAGAGAAAGACGAAGGGAAAGAAUCACAAGCCGAAACCUCAACUACAUCAGUGACGGGGUGGCUGGGGUUCGGAGGAGAAGAAAAAACUGAUGAUGAUGUGAAACGUGGAGAAGAUGAAAUUAAAGAAACUGAUGAUUCUUUCACUUCAACCUUGACUGGAUGGCUUGGCUUCGGAGGAGAUGCAAAAACAGAUUCUGCCGAAAAGGAGGAAGAUGGCACAAGAGAAGUGAAGGAAGAAAUUGAGCCAAAAGUAACAUUCAGGAGCAGGAGGAUGUCUCUGGACCUCGAGAACAGCCAAUUACAAGAAGAAGAGAAGAAAGAGACGAGCACAUUGGAUUGGCUCGGAAGCGGACUGUCACACACCCUGGGAUUUGGCGUGACCAAUCAGGAGCCAGAGCAUGAGACAAAUGCUGAAAAGGAGGCUGAGAAGGCAAGUGAGGAAGAGGAGGAACAGCCAUCAUCUGGUUCUUGGUUUGGGAUUGGGGACAUUUUAGGAUUGGGGAAAAACGAGAAUAAAGUUCAUGAGAGUCAAGACAGUGGGUUUAAAGACACAGAAGAGGAAAAAACCACAGAAGAAGAAACGCUUUUAGAGAAUGUAGACACCAGUGAAACACAGGGAGAGGAGGAAAAAAAAGAAUCAGAUGAAGAGCGACUGGAGGAAGAGCUUGAGACGAAAACAAUAACAGAAGAGGGAGACAAUUAUGUUAAUAGCAGUUCCAACAAAGACACUGUUCAAUCUGAGACAGGAUCAGAGUCUACCACCUCUGCGCUCGAUGAAGACAAUGGUAAUAAAAAACCUGAUGAUUCAGACUGCAGCAAGAAUGAGGCUGCGACCAAGGUUUCUCCUCAGAUCAAGUUAGAGGAAACGUCCCAGGCUGCAGGUGGAAUAUCUAUAGAGACAGAGGUCGACGAACAUCAUGUGCCCAAAUCAGAAAAUGUCAACUACAGGGAGUCAGGAGAAGAGGAAAUCAAAACUUCAAGCAACAAUAAUGUGGAUCAUUUGACACAAUCUGAAGUCAAUCAAGGGCCUGAGCUCAGCUCUGUGGAUUUAAAUUCAGACUCCACUGCUCAAUCUGUUGGUGAGGCUGAGGACGAUGAAAAGGAUCAGCAGCAAAGAAAGAUGACAGAUAGAGUGGGAGAGGAAGAGGGUGAUGAGUCAAAGGAAGAGGAGAAGCAGGAGAGGAUGGAGGUAAAGCAAAGUGUGAAACAGGAUGAAUUAAAAGAGGUGGGAGAUAUACAGGAAGAGGAGAUACAGCAGGAAAUAGAGGAAGAAAAACAACAGGAGGAGACACUGAAUGAGGCAGAGGAGUUAAAAGAAAGACAGAAGCAGCAGGGAAUGAAGGAAAUACAAGAAGAGAGGAAGCAGGAAGAGAUGGAGGAAGUAGGCAAGGUUGAGGAAAUAAAUGGAGAGGAAAGGCCGAACUUAAUAGAGGUGAAGAAAGAAAAGGACAAACAGCGAAAUGAGGAGUUAAAGGAUGAGGAGAAAAGAGAGGAGGUGGAGGAGGUAAAGAAAGAGAGGAAACAGGAGGGUGUAGAGGGGAGUUAA